CCGGCGUAUUCUAUUUCCCCUUUCUCCACCCGGUUCUAUUCCCCUCCUAUACGAGUGACCAUCAUUGUUCGAUUGACAGUAGAAUCAUCAUGUCAGCUGAAGGAUCAGCCGUACCGGUAUCGUCAAAGGGGUCGUGGGCUCAGUUCCUCAAGAGCGUCUCUACCUUCAAUGGCGACCUUUCCACCCUAACCGCCCCUCCUUUCAUCGUCUCGUCGACCUCCCUGACCGAGUUCUCCUCCUACUGGGCCGAGCACCCAAACUUGUUCAUUGCACCCGCUAAGGAAUCCGACCCGGCCACGCGGGCCAUGCUCGUGCUGAAAUGGUUCCUGGCCACAUUGAAGUCGCAGUACAGCAGUAGAAGCGACAAGCUCGGCAGCGAGAAGAAGCCAUUGAACCCAUUUCUUGGGGAGCUCUUCCUAGGGGAAUGGGAGGGGGAUGUGGAGGAUGAGGAGGCCGGCGAGACCAAGCUCGUGAGUGAGCAGGUCAGCCAUCAUCCGCCAGUGACGGCGUACUGCAUAUGGAAUUCGAAGAAUGGAGUGCGGCUAGAGGGCUACAACGGGCAGAAGGCUUCGUUUAAGAGCACGAUCAAUGUCAAGCAAGUCGGCCAUGCCGUCUACAAUCUCGAGAAAUUCAACGAGACCUACGUCAUCACGCUCCCGUCCCUCCACAUCGAAGGCCUCAUCAGCGGAUCGCCGUUCGUCGAGCUCAACAAGUCCUCCACCAUCAUCUCCUCCUCCGGCUACGUCGCCACCAUCUCUUACUCCGGACGCGGCUGGCUCUCCGGCAAAAAGAACAGCAUCUCCGCGACCCUCCACCAAUAUGCGAACCCGACCCAGCCCGCAUCAUACGACCCUAGCGCCCCCGGCUGCUCCCCCAAAUCCCCCCUCUACACCGCCGACGGCCAAUGGAACUCGACCUUCAACAUCAAAGCCGCGUCCGGCGAGGUGAUCUCUACCUUCGACGCCAGUCAGCACCCAAUCACCCCCCUAAGCGUCACGCCGGUCGAGCAGCAAGACCCGCUCGAAACCCGGCGCGCGUGGAAGAAGGUCGCGGACGCGGUUGCCAAGGGCGACAUGGACCUGACGUCCUGGGAGAAAUCCAAGAUCGAGAACGCCCAGCGCGAGCUGCGGAAGAAGGAGAAGGAGGAGGGACGCGAGUGGCGGCGGCGGUUCUUCAGCCAGACGGACCGGAAGGACGAGAAGGUCAAGGUUAUCGCGGCGUUGCUGGGUCAUCUGCAUGAGAACAUCGAGGCGGACAAGACCGGGGGGAUCUGGGUGUGGGAUGCGGACAAGGCGAAGGACGCGCAGCCGCCGUUUGCGGGGAGCGAGGAGCUGGGGAAGCAGGCGGUGGGGCUGGACACGUGAUGAACGAAGCGUGAUGCUGACGAUUCGUAUGAUUUUCGUUGGGUUGGUACGUGGAAACGGCCGUUCUGAUUCUAGUACCGUUGGAGUGAGCAUUUAUAUGGCUUCGCACCAUGGUGCCUGUAUCAAUAGCGGCCCUUUCUACACCAGGAACAGGGCGAACUCCUUGCGCCAGAAGUGUUUCACACGGCUAAUGUGUGCUUGCCCUCGGUCCAACAUAGCAUUCUAAUUAGUA